AGUCUCUCUCUCUCUCUCUUGGAGUAAGGUACCUGGAGUUCAGGGACCCCAGCCGGUGACAAUGACAGCUGAUGAGUUGGUUUUCUUUGUGAAUGGUAGAAAGGUAGUGGAGAAAAAUGCAGAUCCAGAAACAACGCUUUUGGCCUACCUGAGGAGAAAGUUGGGGCUGAGCGGGACCAAGCUUGGCUGUGGAGAAGGGGGCUGUGGUGCUUGCACGGUGAUGCUGUCCAAGUAUGAUCAUCUCCAGAACAAGAUUGUCCACUUUUCAGCCAAUGCCUGCUUGGCACCCAUCUGUUCCUUGCACCAUGUUGCUGUGACAACUGUGGAAGGCAUAGGAAGCACCAAGACCAGGCUGCACCCUGUGCAGGAGAGAAUUGCCAAGAGCCAUGGCUCCCAGUGUGGAUUUUGCACCCCUGGCAUCGUCAUGAGUAUGUACACGCUGCUCCGGAACCAGCCUGAGCCUACGAUUGAGGAAAUUGAGAACGCCUUCCAAGGAAACUUGUGCCGCUGUACAGGCUACAGACCCAUCCUCCAGGGUUUCCGGACCUUUGCCCAGGAUGGGGGGUGCUGUGGAGGAAGUGGGGACAACCCAAACUGCUGCAUGAACCAGAGGAAAGAGCAGAGGGUCACUCUCUCGCCAUCCUUGUUCAAACCAGAGGAGUUCGCACCCCUGGAUCCCACCCAGGAGCCCAUCUUCCCCCCUGAGCUGCUGAGACUCAAGGACACUCCUCGGAGGCAGCUGCGUUUUGAAGGGGAGCGUGUGACCUGGAUCCAGGCCUCAACCUUGGGGGAGCUGCUGGACCUCAAAGCUCAGCACCCUGAUGCCAAGCUGGUGGUGGGGAACACGGAGAUCGGCAUUGAGAUGAAGUUUAAGAACAUGCUGUUUCCCAUGAUUGUCUGCCCGGCCUGGAUUCCUGAGCUGAACUCUGUGGAGCAUGGGCCUGAGGGUAUCACCUUUGGAGCCGCUUGCCCCCUGAGCUCCGUGGAAAAGACCCUGGUUGAUGCGGUCGCUAAGCUGCCUGUCCAGAAAACAGAGGUGUUCAGGGGCGUCCUGGAGCAGCUACGCUGGUUUGCUGGGAAGCAGGUCAAGUCGGUGGCGUCCAUUGGAGGGAACAUUAUCACUGCCAGCCCUAUCUCCGACCUCAACCCUGUGUUCAUGGCCAGUGGAGCCAAGCUGACCCUUGUGUCCAGAGGCACCAGGAGAACAGUUCGGAUGGACCACACCUUCUUCCCUGGCUAUCGAAGGACCCUGCUGAACCCAGAGGAGAUCCUGCUCUCCAUAGAGAUCCCCUAUAGCAGGGAGGGUGAGUUUUUCUCAGCCUUCAAGCAGGCCUCCCGCAGGGAAGACGACAUUGCCAAGGUCACCUGUGGCAUGCGAGUGCUCUUCAAGCCAGGGAGCAUGGAGGUGAAGGAGCUGGCCCUUUGCUACGGAGGGAUGGCUAACAGAACCAUCUCGGCCCUCAAGACCACUCAGAGGCAGAUAGCCAAGUCCUGGGGCCCUGAGCUACUGCAGGAGGUGUGCGCGGGCCUGGCCGACGAGCUGCAGCUGCCCGCCGACGCCCCGGGCGGCAUGGUGGAGUUCCGGCGCACGCUCAGCCUCAGCUUCUUCUUCAAGUUCUACCUGACCGUGCUGCAGAAGCUGGGCGGGGAGAACCCUGACGACAAAUGCAGCCUCCUGGACCCCACCUUCGCCAGUGCUACCUUACUUUUCCAGAAAGACCCUCCAGCCAACGUCCAGCUCUUCCAAGAGGUGCCCAAGGGCCAGUCUGAGGAGGACAUGGUGGGCAGGCCUUUGCCCCACCUGGCCGCGGGCAUGCAGGCCUCCGGGGAGGCCGUGUACUGUGACGACAUCCCUCGGUACGAGAACGAGCUGUCCCUCCGGCUGGUCACUAGCACGCGGGCCCACGCCAAGAUCAAGUCCAUAGACAUUUCAGUGGCCAAAAAGGUGCCAGGGUUUGUUUGCUUCCUCUCGGCUGCUGAUAUUCCUGGGAGUAACGUAACUGGACUUUGUAAUGAUGAAACAGUUUUUGCACAGGAUAAGGUCACGUGUGUUGGGCACAUCAUUGGUGCUGUGGUCACUGAUACCCCGGAACACGCACAGAGAGCUGCUCAGGGGGUGAAAAUCACCUAUGAAGACCUUCCAGCCAUUAUCACGAUUGAGGAUGCUAUAAAGAACGAAUCCUUUUAUGGGCCUGAGCUGAAGAUUGAGAAAGGAGACCUCAAGAAGGGGUUUUCCGAAGCCGAUAACGUUGUCUCAGGAGAGUUGUACAUCGGUGGCCAAGAGCACUUCUACCUGGAGACUCACUGCACCAUUGCUGUCCCGAAAGGCGAAGCAGGGGAGAUGGAGCUCUUUGUGUCCACACAGAACACCAUGAAGACCCAGAGCUUUGUCGCAAAUAUGUUAGGAGUUCCAGCAAAUCGGAUCGUGGUCCGAGUGAAGAGAAUGGGAGGGGGCUUUGGAGGGAAGGAGACCCGGAGCACUGUUGUGUCCACAGCAGUGGCCCUGGCUGCAUACAAGACUGGACGCCCUGUGCGCUGCAUGCUGGACCGUGAUGAAGACAUGCUCAUAACUGGUGGCAGACAUCCUUUCCUGGCCAGAUACAAGGUGGGUUUCAUGAAGACGGGGAAGGUUGUGGCUCUGGAGGUGGAACACUUCAGCAAUGCAGGGAACACCCAGGAUCUCUCUCAAGGUAUCAUGGAACGAGCUCUAUUCCACAUGGACAACUGCUAUAAAAUCCCCAACAUCCGGGGCACUGGGCGGCUGUGCAAGACCAACCUGCCCUCCAACACAGCCUUCCGGGGCUUUGGAGGGCCCCAGGGGAUGCUCAUUGCCGAGUACUGGAUGAGUGAAGUCGCCACGACCUGUGGGCUGCCAGCAGAGGAUGUGCGGAGGAAGAACAUGUACAAAGAAGGGGACCUGACACACUUCAACCAGAAGCUGGAGGGCUUCACCUUGCCCAGGUGCUGGGAUGAAUGCCUGGCAAGCUCUCAGUUUGAGGCGCGGAAGAGUGAGGUUGACAAGUUUAACAAGGAGAAUUGUUGGAAAAAGAGAGGACUGAGCAUCAUCCCAACCAAAUUUGGAAUAAGCUUCACGGUUCCUUUUCUGAAUCAGGCCGGAGCCCUGGUUCAUGUGUACACGGAUGGCUCUGUGCUCCUGACUCAUGGGGGCACCGAAAUGGGCCAAGGCCUUCACACCAAGAUGGUGCAGGUGGCCAGCAGGGCCCUGAAGAUUCCCACCUCCAAGAUCUAUAUCAGCGAGACGAGCACCAGCACGGUGCCCAACACCUCUCCCACAGCGGCGUCCGUCAGCGCUGACAUCAAUGGACAGGCGGUCUAUGAGGCUUGUCAGACCAUCCUGAAAAGGCUGGAACCCUUCAAGAAGAAGAAUCCCAGUGGCUCCUGGGAAGACUGGGUCACAGCUGCCUACCUGGAUGCCGUGAGCUUGUCUGCUACUGGGUUUUAUAAAACACCCAACCUGGGCUACAGCUUUGAGACAAACUCGGGGAAUCCCUUCCACUACUUCACCUAUGGGGUGGCCUGCUCGGAAGUGGAAAUUGACUGCUUAACAGGAGAUCAUAAGAACCUCCGCACCGACAUCGUCAUGGACGUUGGCUCCAGUCUGAACCCUGCCAUUGACAUUGGACAGGUGGAGGGGGCUUUCGUCCAGGGCCUGGGCCUCUUCACCCUGGAGGAGCUGCACUACUCCCCCGAGGGGAGCCUGCAUACCCGUGGGCCCAGCACCUACAAGAUCCCUGCCUUUGGCAGCAUCCCCAUUGAGUUCCGGGUGUCCCUGCUCCGUGACUGCCCCAACAAGAAAGCCAUCUACGCUUCCAAGGCUGUCGGUGAGCCGCCCCUCUUCCUGGCCGCCUCCAUCUUCUUCGCCAUCAAGGACGCCAUCCGCGCAGCACGAAGCCAGCACACAGAUUACAACACGAAGCCGCUCUUCCGGCUGGACAGCCCUGCCACCCCGGAGAAGAUCCGCAAUGCCUGUGUGGACCAGUUCACCACCCUGUGUGUCACUGGGGAAGUGGAAAACUGCAAACCCUGGGCUCAGAGGGUCUGAGGACAAGUCCCCAGUGGCGUGUUCUCCUGCUCCGGGGGGGGUGUCCCCGUGCCGCAGAGCAUGGGCCUCUGGAAGCUGCAGGAUGACAAGGCUGUGACGCAGCAAGACAGCAUUUGGAAGCAAAUGGAAUGCUCUGGAAGCUAUUGAUUGACAAAGAUGAUUUGCAAA